GAAUGAGGUCCACGAAUUGACGAUUGACAACGGAUGUACCCUUGGAGGAGACCAUACAACCAAUCGCUGAUAAGGAUUUCACUGAUAAUUGGUUUAAUGAAACACACCACCUUAACCUCAAUAAGCUGGACCUUGUCGAUCUUAGAGCGGCGACAAAAGACCAACUUUUCUUUUUUAACCGCCAUUCAUAUGAACAAACAGACAGAAUUGCUAUGGGCUCCUGCCUUGGUCCUCUAUUAGCCAACUUCUUUAUGUGCAGCAUUGAGGAUACUUUGAAGCAUGAGGGCAAGAUGCCCACAUACUACAAGAGAUAUGUGAGAUAUGUUCAUGACACACUGACUAUCAUGCCAGUCAUAACAUCAGCAGUCAAUUUCCUCGAGAUUUUAAACCAGUGCCAUUCCUCUAUUAAGUUUACCAUGGAGAUAGAGAGUAAAAGUAUGCUGCCUUUUUUGGGCACCCAGCUGCUCAACAAACACACACAUGUUGAGACUAAGAUGCACGUUAAACCCACAAAUACUGGCCUUCUGCUGCAUUACAAGAGCCAUGUAGACGACCGAUAUAAACGCGGGUUACCAAAACCUAUGCUUGAUCGAGCAUUGCGGCUUUCAUCCAAUUGCUGUUGCUUCUCUGAAGAAUGUGAUCCACUGAAAUUAUUGUUUUCUCGACUAAAAUAUCCUGACAAACUUGUCAACUCUACUUUUUCACGUUUUAUUGCCGCCAAAGCAUCGGAUCAACCUGUUUCUUCGGCGACUGUCAGCGAUCGAACAGACCCCAUUCGCGUUGUCCUACAGUUUCAAGAUCAGGCCUCAGCCGAUAUUGUACGUGUCCAACCUAAAGAUUUGAGUCAGAAGAUCCACACGACCGUCCAGCCUGCAUUAGUCAGCCAGAAGAUUGAAUAAGAUUUUAGAUUACAAGAAGCGAACUGAGCCACCGGUUUUGAACCAACAGUGCCUUGUUUACAAAUUUAAAUGUGACCUGUGCGAUGCAGGUUAUGUCGGUUUUAGACGCGGCCAUCUGCACCAACGUGUUCAAGAACACCGAAACUCGACUUCAUCGAUUGGCGAGCAUUUUAGUGACAAGCAUUCUUUGGCCCCGAGGGAUCUUACGAUGAAUUUUAGUGUUUUAAAGAAGUGUACGAACAAAUUUGACUGCCUACUUUUUGAAACUCUAUUCGUGCAAAGAUUUUUAAUUAGCUAUUUAAUCUUUUUUUAAUUUGGUUUUUAAUUAGCUUCUAAUUAUUUCUUCUCUUUGCAUGUUCCUUCUGUCCGUUAUACUUCUCACACGCAUAUACACACUCAAAAAUUCUCACUAUUCACUCGAAAAUGAAUGAAGUUUGGUCGAAACGCUGUGUUUUGCAGUUCGUUUUUAUCGUCAAAACUGUAAUAGUCCUUCUUAUUUUGGAUUUUUAAGAUGUCACGUGAAAACCAAGGAUAGCUAAACACCAUUCAUUGCUUUAAAAUGGCUCACUGGAUCGUGGCUAAAAGAAGCAAUAAUAUUUACAUUUAUGACAUUACAAAAAGGAAGAGUGAUUUCCAUGCUUAAUCAAGAUACAGGGCUCCUCUGAAUACCACUUUACAAUAUGGGCUACUUGUGUAUUGCUACCAAAAGACAAAUAAUACAAAAAGCUUUUCAUUUUCGUUAAAAGCACGAAUUGUUAUCAUUUAGAGAACGUGCUAUCUGGUUUAUAUUGUUUUUUCUUUAAAAUGAUUUCACCGGGACUCUAAGAUGACAAGAGACCAAGUUAAUAUUUGUUUUCCUCGUUUGCAAACGGCUUUCAUUUUCAUUUAAUUUACAAACUUGAAUGACUCCUCGGUAACAAAAAUUGAAACUGAAAUCAAACUAAUUGUUCUCUGGCUUAAAGCCGGUUCUUACAUAAGACCUAGAAGAGAAAAAUUCACUGUUCAAUAUUUAAUUCGAUAUUUCUUGAAUUUAUAACAAAGCUUGACUUUUGGAUGAAACUAGAAAAAAAAAGCUUGGACACUCAGUUAGGGGAAAGUUGUUGGAUCUAUACAUGAAGGUAUUUCAUGCCUUUACUUCAAGGCGAGGGUUGGAGCGAUAACCAUGAUAUGAUAAUAAUAUUUUUAUUAACCAUUUUAACUAAAAGUUUUUGCUCUUGGUCUCGUUUUGAGUUUGAAGGUAUUUACAACUCGCGAAUGGCCUGUUCCUUAGGUUCAAUAAGGAACAAGACCCCGAGCGCUAAUUAUUCUUCUAUAUUACGAGGAGAGAUGUUUUGAUAUUAACCGUUAACUCUUAAAGACGCUUGUUUAUUGAAUUGAUUUUAAUAUAUAAUGGUAGGUAAUUAAAAACAUAUCAAUUACUGGACGACAGUUUGCUAUAUAGGAAGAUUUAUCUAAGAAUUAAAAUUGACAUCAAGAGUUCAACAAACUCAGGCAAAAGCAAAUACUUAUCUUCGAAGAAUCCACUCAGUAAGCA